AUGGCCAGAACAUCGAAAAACUUUUCACUGCUUGCCGAUAACAGCUACGAGACAUGGUCAAAAGAAGAUCUCAUACAAAGGAUACAGCUGCUUGAGAGUACCAAGCCCAAGUCACCUGUGAAGAGUAACCCAGAUAAGAAAGGAAAGAAAGUGUUCGACUUUGCUAAGAUCAGCACUAGAUUCAUAGCUCUUCGUUUCGCAUAUAUGGGCUGGAAUUUCAAUGGGCUAAGCUUUCAGUAUGACCCAACCCCAUUGCCGACUGUGGAGGAGGUGAUUCUAGAUGCCAUGGUGAAAGCGAAGCUAAUUGAGUCCUCAGACCCUUCAUCUUGUGGUUUCAGCAGAUGCGGUCGCACCGAUAAAGGUGUAAGUGCUUUGAACCAGGUUAUUGCGUUAAAUGUGCGCUCGAAUCUUGACAUCAAGGACCAAGCAGAUAUCUCGAAGGACGAUCGGGAGCUACCAUAUGUCACGAUCUUGAAUGCCCUACUUCCUCUUAAUAUACGAAUAACUGAAGUUUGCCUAAGGCCUCCGGAAGGAUUCGACGCUAGAUUCAGUUGUCUCUAUAGACAUUACAAAUAUGUGUUUUCUGGCGAGCACCUAGAUGUGGCGGCUAUGAAGGUAGCAGCAAAACUAUACGAGGGAACACACGAUUUCCGCAACUUUUGCAAAAUAGAUGGGUCGAAGCAGAUCACAAAUCACGAACGUCUUAUUCACUCGGCAGACAUCAUCUCUGUUAAUGAAAAAUUUUAUGCAUUUGACUUGAAGGGCUCUGCGUUCCUUUGGCAUCAAGUCCGUUGUAUGGUUGCGAUUCUUUUCCUUGUUGGCCAGGGUCAUGAGAAGCCUUCCAUUGUUCUGGAUUUGUUGAAUGUGGAAAAGUACCCUAGUAGACCAUUGUAUGAAAUGGCACACGAUAUUCCGCUUGUGUUAUAUGACUGCGUUUUCCCAGAGAUGGAGUGGCUAUCGCCUGCCACAAAUUUUGGGGAACUGCAACAAAUCAAGAUGCAAAAAGAAUGCAAAAGGUUCAAUGGUCUCAAGCUAGAUUAUCAACUCAAAGCACAAAUUGUGUCGAUGAUGGAUCAAGUCUUCGCAAAAAAGUUGCCUUCACAGAAGAGCAAUUAUGUUAAUCUUGGGGAUGGAGUCGGGAGAGCAUUUAAGAACUAUACUCCUCUCAGCCAGCGACCUUUAGGAGAGACGGUCGAACAUCAAAACCUCAAAUUUCUUGAAAAGAAAAAGAGAAAGCUCGAAAAAUGA